AAGAUACUUAUUUUUCCCACAUAUUUUCCUUCUCCCCAAACAAAGAUGAGCCGCAAGAGAGAUAAACCCUACCUCUCCCGCCAUUCCCCCUACUCUUUCCCAAAACGGCGUCGCCCUCUGCCCACUCCGCAGCCCGACUCCGCCGCUGCCGACGACGAUCGGCCGGGGAAUUCCUCCGCCAAGUCGCUCACGACGGUCAUCGUCAUCGGAAUCUCCCCGGACUGCUCUGUCCUAGACCUUAAAUCCCGAUUCGAGAUCUACGGCGGCAUAUCUCGCACCCGCAUGGACCCUGGUGGUGUCGCCUACAUCACCUUCCGCUCCAAAGACGCCGCCGACUCCGCCAUUGCCGCCUCCCUCGAUCCCUCCUUCGGCAUCACACUCAAUUCCCACAGAGUACAGGUGAUGUGGGCGAAUGAUCCAGUACCUCAGUGGAGGGAAGGUGUUGGGAAGAAGGAUAGUGCCUCGACAUCGAAGCUGUUGAGAGCUGAGGUGCCUCUGAGUAGACAUGGAAGAGGUAAUAGGCUUGGAUCAGCAAUUGUGAACCCUAGAAGUAGUAAUAAUAAUAAUAAUAAUAAUAAUAAUGAUUCGGGCUUAGAUGUGCCUUUCAAGGGUAGGGAAGUUGUUGCUUAUGAUGAUAUUCUGUAGCUUAAAAUAAGUUUCUUUCGGGUUUUCUUGAAUUGUAACAAUCAUGUGUUAUACAUAUAGUCCCAAGUAAUAUCAGGGCCUAUAGCUGCUAAAAAGUUUGGAACUUUGGGAGGGUUUAGUGGUGUUUUAUGAUUUUUUUAGUAUGUGUCGGUUGUUUUCUUUUUGUGCUUUUCGUAUUUGGUUUUUUGAUUCUUCUGUUAUUCAGAAUUGAGUAUGAAUAAUAUUAAUUAUUACUGUGUA